CGCAGCUCAUUGUAGAUCCCCCGGCGCGGGGGACUAAACGCCCUUUCAAGCAGCGUCAAGAUGCCCAACCGCAAGCUACGACGUCCAACGCGUCCCAAGCGCCCGCCCAUCUUCAAAGCAACAAGCCGCAUUUGCAGGCCCGGCAGCAGCGCAAUAGCUUCUCGGGCGUACCAAACCGCCAACUCGGCGCCGACCAGCUCUCGAGACCGCAGAAGCGCGCGCGGACGGACGACGAUGUCCAGCAGCAAGCCCCCGGUACGCCGAACCCGGAAGGUCGCGCCAAUGCCUUUCAGGGCGGACGCGGCGGACCGCAGCGACAAGACCAGCAGGCCCAGAACGACAGUUUCGCUGGUCAAUUGAGCAUCAAGGGCGCCGCGACCCGGCAGGCGGCUGAUGCGACACGACAGGCGACGCAAGCGGCGCGUCCGCAGGUGUCGCUGUUGGAACGGCUGGCGGAUCCGAGCAGUGCGCCGCGCAGUGGGCGAGGUGGUGGCGGUAGGAAGGGUCGCAGAGGGCAACUCUAGUCUUGGUGUUUCUAUCUACCUUUG